UGAAGCCAGCAAUGGAGAGUGAAGAAUGUCAGCAGUGGGGUCAUCAUGACCAGAGAGGGGAGACAGCAGCCAGGAACGGGAGGAAGAGAAAAGGUGGAGAAGGAAGGGAAUCAGACCAAGAGGUGGGAAUGGAAACUUACAAAGGAACAGGAAAGGAGAAGAGGGUAAAAACAACUGGAGCGAGAAGGGGCAAGAGUAAUACAAGUGUAAACCAUUGAAGUAAUAUCAACAAGUAUCAUGAUUCCAGUAUUUGAAUCUGCUCAGCUAGAACUGCAACACAACCUUUAGAGACUUGCAUUUAACCAUGGAUAGAAGAAUGUGAGCAAUAAAGAAGGGAAUUUUAAAGAAAAUAAGCUUGUUAAGUCACUAUUUAAGACCAACACUGACAAUACAGAAUUGAUGUUUAAUUUUUCAACAUACAAAUAGUAGUAUUUGAGUUAUAUUGCUCAAAUAUUACUAGGCACUACUCUGAGUGUUUUACAUGUACUAAUUCAUUUAAUCCUCACCACAACUUUACAAGCAGUUACUGUUACUCUUAUUUCACAGAUGCAAAAACUGAGGCAAAAAGAAUAAUUUGCCUAGACUAGUCAGAUAUCAGAGCCAGGAUUUCACUGAGGCAGUCUGAUUUUACUCCAGUGUAUGUAUGGUGUAUUUCUGUAGAAAUUUGUCUUGUUUUGAGAAUGUAAAAAUCCCCUUGAAGUGGUUGUACAACUGCUAGUGCGACAGAUCGUGGGCACUAUUUAAAAGUUAACCCUUCUUUCCUUUAGCUAUAGUUAUUUUACAAAGUUAAUUAAACUAGGUACCAGAACACAAAGAUAGAUAACACAUGAUGGUUGCCGCCAGUGAACCGAAUCUCAUUUUGUUCACUCAAACUGAACCAAGCAUCUGUACUCCUUUUCCAACAAUAUUGGUGUGAAUUCUUUGGCUUUGAACUAAGUUUAUAUAUGUGCCAUUGGAUGUUUGUUGCCUUCAAAAUACUGUGCUCACCUUUAAAAGCCAUGGACCAACUGGUAAUAUUGCUAUUACCCAAAACUUUUGGAAAUUCUUUUCUUUUAAUAGGCCACACAACCAAAUCAGCUUUCCAUUCAAAAAGCAGUUGUACCUAGUUUGAUCACCUUCCUUAAAAUUAAAGCCUCAUACAGAGAUUCACAAAGUAUUUAUCUAAAAAGGUGUUUUGUUUUGUUUUGUUUUUACAGCCCUGAUGGAGUAAAAUGUUUGCAGGCUGUAGAGGAGGAAAUGUGAAUGGAGUUAGUGGAUUUCACCAGGAACUUUGGAAGAGUGUUGGGUAUUAGUGUUGCACUGGAGGAGGAUGAGAAUUGAGCCCUGUUUAGAGGGAACAGAAAGACUUCUGUGAGGAGUGUGGCAAACACUAAGGGACAACUACACAGUGCUAAAUAAUGAGAACACAAAUGAAUAACUCAUUCUCUGCUCAAGCUACUUCUAGACUGGAAGUGCAGAUAAUAUCACCCACUGCGUUAUUUUUGGCUGCAAAAGUGGAAGAACAGGCUCGAAAACUUGAACAUGUUAUCAAAGUAGCACAUGCUUGUCUUCAUCCCCUAGAGCCACUGCUGGAUACCAAAUGUGAUGCUUACCUUCAGCAGACCCAAGAACUGGUUAUACUUGAAACCAUAAUGCUACAAACCCUAGGUUUUGAGAUCACCAUUGAACACCCACACACAGAUGUGGUGAAAUGUACCCAGUUAGUAAGAGCAAGCAAGGAUUUGGCACAGACAUCCUAUUUCAUGGCUACCAACAGUCUGCAUCUUACGACCUUCUGUCUUCAGUACAAACCAACAGUGAUAGCAUGUGUAUGCAUUCAUUUGGCUUGCAAAUGGUCCAAUUGGGAGAUUCCUGUGUCAACUGAUGGAAAGCAUUGGUGGGAAUAUGUGGAUCCUACAGUUACUCUAGAGUUACUAGAUGAGCUAACACAUGAGUUUCUGCAAAUAUUGGAGAAAACGCCUAGCAGGUUGAAGAGGAUUCGAAACUGGAGGGCUAAUCAGGCAGCUAAGAAGCCGAAAGUAGAUGGACAAGUAUCAGAGACACCGCUUCUUGGCUCAUCGUUGGUCCAGAAUUCCAUUUUAGUAGAUAGUGUCACUGGUGUGCCUACAAACCCAAGCUUUCAGAAACCAUCUACAUCAGCAUUCCCGGCACCAGUACCUCUAAAUGCAGGAAAUAUUUCUGUUCAAGACAGCCAUACAUCUGACAGUUUGUCAUUGCUAGCAGCAGGAAUGCCAGGUACCUCAUAUAGUCUGUCAUCACACCAAGGAUGGCCUCAAGAUCAAGAAUCAGCAAGGACAGAACAGAUAUAUUCACAGAAACAGGAGACAUCUUUGUCUGGGAGCCAGUACAACAUCAGCUUCCAGCAGGGACCUUCUGUAUCAUUGCAUUCAGGAUUACAUCACAGAUCUGAAAAAAUUUCUGAUCAUUCUUCUGUUAAACAAGAAUAUACUCACAAAGCAGGGAGUAGUAAACACCAUGGGCCAAUUUCUGCUACUCCUGGAGUAAUUCCUCAGAAAAUGUCUUUAGAUAAAUAUAGAGAAAAACGUAAGCUAGAAACUCUUGACCUGGAUGUAAGAGAUCACUAUAUGGCUGCCCAGGUAGAACAGCAACACAAACAUAUGCAGCCACAGGCAGUCAGCAGCAGUUCUGUAACUUCUCCCAUUAAAAUGAAAAUUCCCAUCACAAACCCUGAAAAACCUGAAAAAUACGUGACCGAUAAAAAGGAAAAGAGUGGCUCACUAAAAUUACGGAUCCCAAUACCACCCACUGAUAAAAACGCCAGUAAAGAAGAACUGAAGAUGAAGAUAAAAGUUUCAUCCUCAGAAAGACACAGCUCUUCUGAUGAAGGCAGUGGGAAGAGUAAGCAUUCAAGCCCACAUAUUAGCAGAGACCACAAGGACAAGCACAAGGAGCACCCUUCCAACCGCCACCACACCAGCAGUCACAAGCACGCCCACUCACACGGUGGCAGCAGCAGUGGUGGCAGUAAGCACAGUGCUGACGGAAUACCACCCACUGUUCUGAGGAGUCCUGUUGGCCUGAGCAGUGAUGGCAUUUCUUCUAGUUCCAGCUCGUCAAGGAAGAAGCUGCAUGUGAAUGAUGCAUCUCACAACCACCACUCCAAAAUGAGCAAAAGUUCCAAAAGUUCAGGUAGUUCAUCUAGUUCUUCCUCCUCUGUUAAGCAGUAUAUAUCCUCUCACAACUCUGUUUUUAACCAUCCCUUACCCCCUCCUCCCCCUGUCACAUACCAGGUGGGCUACGGACAUCUCAGCACCCUCGUGAAACUGGACAAGAAGCCAGUGGAGACCAACGGUCCUGAUGCCAAUCACGAGUACAGUACAAACAGCCAGCAUAUGGACUACAAAGACACAUUCGACAUGCUGGACUCGCUGUUAAGUGCCCAAGGAAUGAACAUGUAAUCAUUUGUUUAGGUCAAUUUUUUUCCUUUACUUUUUUAAUUUAAAAAUUGUUAGAGUGGAAAACUUCCUCCUGAUCUAGCAGUGGUUAACAGCUGCUGUUGCUGCCACUGCUUCAAUAUUUGUAAGUGCUGCUUUAUUCUUCAUUCUGAAAAGAAGAGAUUAUAGUAAACAGAUCUUUAUCUCCACAUAUGAUAGUGUUAUAAAUACUGUAAAAGCAUGGAAGGUGCAAAACUCAGUAUUCUACAAUUGCAGCUAAGAACAUUAGGAUGAAUGGCUGGCUGCUUCUAGGAAUAUAAGAUGCCUCAAGCAUUUGUUAUUUAUAAUUUGAAUACUGUAGCUAUUUUUUUGUUGUUGCUUGGCUUUUGAAUGAGUGUAAAUUGUUUUCUUUUUGUGUAUUUAUACUUGUAUGUAUGAUUUGCAUGUUUCAAUGAUAAAGGGAUAAAACAGUAUACUGACAACUGUUUACAAGAAAGUGGAGAAAAAUGUACAUACAUUUUUGUAUGUUUAGAUAUUACCAUAAAUACUCAGGAUUGGAGCUGCUUGUAAGUAUAACAAUAUACAGAAUAACUUUAUUUUAUCUUGUGUUGGAGUCCAUCACUAAUCUAAAGCAAAGGUGGCACUUUUUCAUGUUAACCUUAAACUUUAGGCCUUACUGGAAGCCACUGAAGGGGGACACUUCACUACCGGAUGGGCGUGCAGUGCCACAGAUGGUCGUUUACACUGAGGCACUGAACUUUUGCCUUCAGAGGUUCUGACCAGAUUGGCUGCUGAAAUAGCCCCUACUUUUCUGAAGGCUUGAAGAGGAGAAAAUAAAGUUUACAUACUCUUGAUGUGAAGUGCAUUUAAGUGUUUGUUGGCUUGUUGCAGUGCUAUAAACACAGAGCUGUUAAUAAUGGUUAUGUAGAUUAUUGUGAUUUGGAAGCUAAAUUCACGAAAACUUAACACAGUGAAGAAUUAGUAUGUUUUUUUCUUAAACAAGGAACUUUAACACUACAUGUUGUAACAGUAAACAAGGAUUGCUUUUCUUUAGCAUUCAGAAUGACACCAUAUUCUUAAACAUACUCCUUCCCUGAAGUGUGUUUGUGUGUGAUGCCAUAUUUCUUUUUCAGGUGAAUGCAGUCUUCCUUAUAAAAAUGAAAUUAAACCUAUUGCUCUCUCAAUUCUUUUAUAUUCUGAGAAUAAAUAAAAAAGAAAAGAUCACUGUGCAGUGUACCUGUAUUUAUAACUUCUGGUUGUCAUCAGGAAGCUGUCAGCCUCCAACUUAACCACUAGUGGAGGUUUUACAUUUGUUUGUACAUCUCAGUAUAUUCCUGUUGAGGUUUGCACAGUCAUCUGACUUCUGAACAAACGACAGACUAACUUGUUCAGAGUUUCUGUUAAAUGCCAGUAAUAUGGCUCUGGUUUAUCAGCUAAUCUUGAGUUUAUUCUGUGGUAGAUCUUCAAGCUGUUGAGUGUCUUUGAGCUCGGUUGAAUUCAACUUCUACUGAACUGAAAACUAUCUUAGUUUUUCCUCUAUGUAUAUGAAUUAUUUUUGUUACAAAGCCACUGAUAAGUGCACAGUUGUAAUUUUACUUGUGUGUUGCAGUUGUAAAUAUUAAGAGUUUAAUCCCGUGUUUUAUUUAGCAGUUAUCUAAUUUACCAGUAGUUACAUAAUUUUUUUAAGAUAAUUGUUCAUUCUUUCGUCAAUGUUAUUUCAAUUUAGGAGAAUAGGAGCCUAUUUCUAGGGACUUUGCCUAGCUAGCACAUCCUAACAUUUGUUUUCUUGUCUCGCAUAACUUUAGUAAUCUUUGUCAUUACAUGUAACUUUUUUGCUUUGUAUGGCAUAAUAUUGUAUCCAUAAACAUGAUAAUUCUGAUAGUUAUACUUUUACAGUGGUACAUAAUCCAAGGACUAGUGUAGAACUAAGCUGAGUUCUAGAUGAGGGAGGGAAGGGUUUUGUUCUUGGUUAAAAAUUUAGAUGUGAAACCUCUAAGAAUCUUAUCAUGUGAAAUGACAUAGGGUUGUUGUUCUACUGUAUAAUUGGGGAUUAUAAUACCAGGAAUUUUAAUAAGACUUUGUAAAGCUAUCUGAAAAGUAGUGAACUUAUUUUCAGUAUGACAUAGAAAACAAUGUGAAUAUUUAAGGUCUGUGACUAUACUUAAACUUCACUAAGAAUUUGCAGAAUUGUUUUGCGAUGUGGGAAUAAAGGUAAUUUUGUUGAAUCUAUAUUGGUGCUAAUGAUGGACAGUUAAAAAAGGUAGCUAGUGUAUAUUGUUAUGGGUCAGUACUUAUUAUUAGUACUUCCAAAAUUGAAUCUGAAAUGCUAUGUAUUCACUUUUCACUCUGUAAAUGUAAUUCUUUACAAUGACUUUAUUUAUUAAAGGGCAGCCAGUUGUAAUUUUUAUAGGAUUGUGUGAGCUAUUCAAACUCAUUAAUCUCUGAACAGGGUAUUAAGCUUUCAAAACUACAAUGGGGAUAAGUAUGGAAAUCCUUUUAAGAUUCAUUACCAUUACAUGAAAACUCUUAUAAUUCAUAUUACCAUGAAUUUGAUUUAACCGUCUCAUUUGCAUAAAAUAGCUCAUCAGCCUGGUCCCAAUAGGCUCAACCAAAGAAAAGACGCCAGUGAAUGGACGUUAUUACUGAGUCUUCUUGUAAGUAGCCAUGAAUAAACCAAAAUAGUAUCAUCAAAUUUAAGUAUGAAAUUCCACAUGUGCGAAGAAGUACUGUUAAGGUGAUACAUUUUGAUGAGAUUUUCAAAAAUAUUUGAAAUAUUAAAAAGCAUUAUCUUUAAACAUCCUAAAA